UGAAAAUAAAAAAGUCAGCGAAUCAAAUCCACCGUAUCCACCAACUCAUUCCAACAGUUUUGUUUUGUCAAUAGUCUCAAAACUAAUCCAUUUGCUAAAUCCUUUACAAACUAUCCCAAAUUUCAUUUUUUAUUAAACAGUUCUUCAUCGAGUUAAUCUUUAUUCAUUCAUUCUUACAUAAUUUCGACCCAAAUAUUCUCUAAUGGCAGACCACCCAGUUGCUGCAUCAAACACAGAAGAUACUCACCCAAAGAAGGAGAAGGAGGUGAAGUGUCUUGAUUUUUUUGAAAAAACUAAGGAGGAUAUUGAAGCACUAUUUCAUCAUAAGUCACCAGCCUCACCACGUCACCACAAGGAAACUCAUGGGACAAGUGAUGAUAUAGAUGAAAGUACACCAGUUGAUGAAAUCAAAGCUCCAAAUUUAUUCGAACGGGUGAAGGAAGAAGUUGAGGCCAUUGUUGGAGCAAUCCAUCCAAAAAAGGAUUCUAAAGAUGACAAAUAAGGGAAUGAUGUAAGUUUCUGUCACAAGAAUGUUUAAUUGGAUUCAACGCUCUCUUCUCAUUGAAUUUGGAUUCUGGGAAUGAGUGUGAAUCGUUCUGACUCUUACUUGUUUGAUUCAACUCAGCCACCAGCAGUUUGUUUAUGUAAAUUCUAUCUGUUUUUGUUUUAGAAAUUACAGAGGAUGAAUGUUUCAAAGUUUGGUUUCAAACCUUCAGUGUUUGCUCAUGUAUCAAAUUAUUAUGUUAUUGGGUUUUGACUAGAUUUUUCAUAAAAAAAUUCUGAAAAUCUUGGAUAUUUAUGUCCUCUUUUGUAAUUGCUUUUUCUGAGGGCUUGCAAGCUCUUACAGACAUUGUCGUUUGUGUGUGAAGGAAUUCAAUAUGCAAGAAAUCAAACCUUUUCUUCAUAUUGGUGUACGAACCUGAAGAAUUGAUUCUCAGGUCGACAAUGUAAUUUGCACUAGCAAUGUCACAACAUGUUUCCCACCAAA